UUUGUAGUCGGCACCGCCGGCCAUGUCGAUCACGGUAAGUCCACACUCGUACAGGCGUUGACGGGCAUAGACCCAGACCGCCUCAAGGCCGAGAAAGAGCGGGGGAUGACCAUUGACCUCGGCUUCGCCUGGCUACAGCUGCCGAGCGGCAACGAGGUCAGCAUCGUCGACGUUCCCGGUCACGAGCGGUUCGUAAACAACAUGCUGGCCGGGGUCGGCGGCAUCGACCUUGCGCUCCUGGUUGUGGCGGCAGACGAGGCUGUCAUGCCCCAGACCCGGGAGCAUCUGGCCAUACUGGACCUUCUCCACGUGAACUGUGGAGUCGUCGCGGUGACCAAGAGGGACCUCGUCGAUGAAGACUGGCUGGAGCUCGUCAUGGCGGACGUCGAGGAGCUGAUGGAGGGGACGGCCCUCGAAGGCUCUCCCGUGAUUGCGGUAUCGGCCGUGACCCAGGAAGGGAUCGACGACCUGGUCUCUACCAUCGACUCUCUGCUUCAGCAGACGGAGCCCAAGCGCGACCUCGGCCGCCCGCGCUUGCCGAUUGACCGCUCGUUCGCGAUGUCCGGGUUCGGAACGGUUGUCACAGGCACGCUGAUCGACGGCGCCCUUGACGUCGGACAGGAGGCCGAUCUCGUCCUGUCAGGUCGGAAGACCCGAGUCAGGGGCCUGCAGGCGCAUCGAAAGAGGCUCGAUCACGCCGAGCCCGGCCGCAGGGUGGCAGCGAACCUGGCAGGCGUGCCGCACGACGGCAUUACAAGGGGCGAGGUGUUGACUACGCCCGGCUGGCUCUCGCCGACUAUGGCUGUCGAUGUACGCCUGCGAGUGCUCGACCAGGCACCCGGGCACCUCAAACACAACAUGCACGUCACGCUUCACACCGGGAGCAGCGAGGUCGUCGGCAGGCUCAGGCUCCUGGAGGGCGACCGGAUAGAGCCCGGGGCGGCCACUUGGGCCCAGAUCAAGCUCGGCUCACCUGUGGCGGCGGCCAGAGGCGACUACUUCGUAAUCAGGUCCAACCAGACGACACUCGGCGGCGGCAGCAUCGUCGAGACCCAUGCGAAGCGCCACCGCCGCAGCUACGCACCCACCCUCAAGCGGCUGUCUAUCAUGGAUGAGGGUUCAGACAGGGAGGUGUUGCUAGCCACGAUCGCCUCGUCCGAACCCGCCGAGUUCACGUCGGUCGUCAACCGUGCCAACCUCCAACCAGCGGCGGCCAGAACAGCGCUCAAGGCGAUGGCCGGGGAGAGGCUGGUCGUGGUCGUGGGCGUGCGGCCGCCGGGGCCUGGUGUGCGGAUGUACACUGGCGCGGGCUGGGCCGCCGCAGCCGCCCGGGCACGCGAGUUCCUGGACGAUUAUCACCGGCAAUUCCCCCUAAGGACAGGGGCGCCCAAGGAGGAGCUCCGGAGCAGAAUGGGAAUGACCCCUCAGAUCUUCAACGAUGUGAUGCCACGGCUAAGGGACGAGGGAGUGCUGGCCGAGGAGGGCACGCUCGUGCGCGCCGCGGAUCACCAGCCCGGCCUUACCGAGGAAGACCAGAAGAUCACCCAGGCAUACAUAGAACUGUUGGAGGCAUCUCCCUAUUCCCCUCCUUCGGACUCCGGUAUCGAUGCGGAGCUGCUGAACCUGCUGGCGGACCAGGGAAGGGUCGUGAAAGCAAGUGACAGCAUCGUGUUCGCCGCCUCCGCAUACAACGAAAUGGCUGAUAGAAUAUCCGCGCACAUCAAGGAGCGAGGCGAGAUCACGGUCGCGGACGUCAGGGACAUGUUCGGUACGAGCCGAAAGUACGCCCUCGCGAUCAUGGACUACCUCGACCAUCAGCGCAUAACCCGCCGCGUGGGAGACGCCAGAGUCCUGCGUUAG